AUGGUGCUCGUGGAGGGCGGCUUCGGCCGGGUCUACAAGGGCUGGGUCGACGAGCGCACGCUCAACCCGGCCAAGAGCAACGCCGGCGUCAUCGUCGCUGUCAAGAAGCUUAACCCGGAGAGCGUCCAGGGCCUGCAGGAGUGGCAGUCGGAGGUCAACUUCCUGGGUAGACUGUCGCAUCCCAACCUGGUGAGGCUGCUUGGCUACUGCGGCGAGGACAGGGAGAUGCUCCUGGUGUACGAGUUCAUGUCCAAAGACAGCCUGGAAAACCAUCUCUUCAGAAGGGGUGGAAACUUGGAGGCGCUGUCGUGGAGCCGGUGGCUCAAGAUCGCCACGGGCACGGCGCGCGGCCUCGCCUUCCUGCACUCGUCGGAUUCCUUUUAA